AUGGCGGGGGGCCGGGCCGGGCCCGCGGCGCCCGAGGAGGGGACGGAGGCGGCCGGGGGGCUCUACGGCGGCGGCGGCGGCUCUGUGGCCGGGCAGUGUGGAACAUUGAGAGCCGGAGCAGGGGGGGACGGGGGGAGGCGCGGUGCGGCCCCGCGGCCGGCGGGUGGCGCUGGCGGGCCCCGCUCUGCGGCGCGGGCUCCCGCGGCGGGCCGGGGGGCCGGGGCGGGGGGCGGCGGGAGCGCGCGGCGGAGCGGGGGCGGGGAGGGGGCUCCGGCCGCCCCCGGGAUCCCCCCGCCCCCGCCCGGCCCCCCCCGCCCGCCCGCGGCCGCCGGCGGAGCUCCCGGCGGGCGGGGGAGGGGAGAGGAGAGGGGGCGCUCGCUCCCGCCCGGCGGCCAACGGGGUGCGCGCAGGCGCGCUCCCGCCGGGGCCGGGGGCGCGCGUGCUCCGGGCCGGGCAAGGACAAAGCGGCGGCGGGGGGGGAGGUUCGUCCCUCGACGGUCCGAGCUCGGCCCCUCCCGCAGAGCCCCGGUCCCGACGGGCUCCAGCCUCCAGCUCGCCGAGCCCUCCCGCGGGAAGGGCCGCGGGCUUUGCCAGGCCAGUGCCCAGCCACGGCAAAGACCAGGGGCCGUGGGGUCUCCCCAACCCUUGGCCUUGUCAGCCGCCCCGCCUCAAACCUCACACCUCACCUCGUGCUUUGCUCCUGGUGCCAGCACAGGGACACUCAAGAAUGGGACAAUUGGUGGUUUCUCACCCCGCCACCAAAAAAUCCCUGCCUGUGGCACAUUGUCACACGUGGGAGCUGAAGAAACACCAGCCACCCUGCUGGGGUGCCUCACUAAUACUCUAAACAGGAGUAUUCGGCGUCAAAACCAGAGUGAAAAUUUGCGGUCAUCCAAAAAAAAGUACUAGAAGAGUGUGCACUACAGAAUGAAAAAAACUCAUGCUGCUGAGUGCAAGAUACAGAGCUGUUGAGUUUCCAUCUCAGAGCUGAUCUACAGCUCCACCGUGACCUUCAUUAACAAAAGCAGAUCAGAUGGUGCCAGUCAGUGCACUGGGCUGUUCAAAACAGCAAGGAGAGGAGUCUUCAGGCAACACUUGCAGAAAAGAAAAAUGAUGGGCUUCCUAGAGUGCUCCGCCUUGCCUAUGGAUCCUUUCACAGAGGAAUAGAAGAAGUGCCCACACAGGUCUAGCUUUCUCCAAGAGCAGUCUAGGUGUUGAAUGGCUGGCAGACGAAGUAGAUCUGCUUCACCUGGUAGCCAAGAAUUGCCACAGAACUGAUCUGUUGACUCUGCAAGUAGGUCUGUAGGUGAGAACUGUUGUUACUUUUCAGUGGAAACAACCUGUUGAAGAGAAAACUUCCCAAUGACAGGCUUCUGGGCUUUCUUCUCAUCUCUGCUGCAUUUCUGCCAGAGUAAAUUGGACCCUGUGUCAGCAUAGAGGUUUGUACACAAAAGUGGAGAAUUUUUUUCCCAAAAUAACCUCGACUUGUGCUUACGUAGUGUUUUGUAUUGCUGUGUAUGCUGCUUACUUUAGUCAUUUAAUGGUGUAUUGUUUAGUAUGUUAAUCUCUCUGCUCCGGACGGCAUUACAGGUAUUAAGGAUAUCACAGUCUUUCAUUUACUGACUUAUUUUUUUAUAUAAACUUACAGCCUUACUCAUCAUAUCAACAUUUCACUUCCUUUUCAUUGAAUACUGCCUCAUCUUCUGAACAUACCUCUUAAUGCAGGGUGUAAUAUUUAUACACAAAGAUUCGUCAAGCAUAAUGUUCCUCUCCAGAAAACUUUUCUUAAGUGUUUGCUAUUAACAACAGACUUGAAAUAUUUAAGCUAAACCAGUGAGCAUUUUAAAGCAUUUUCAGAAGCUUUAAAAGUUAGAAGCACCUGGGUAGAAAGGCUUAGAAAAUGUCUUUUCAACCAUCACUCUUGGGUUGCUAUAGCAAUGUUUUAAUAGUGUCUUAUUAAUAGAAAACUACCUAAAUAUGCCUUAAAAAAAUCUGUGCAAAUUUGUGCAAUAUUUUUUAAUGUCAGUGCUGGUAACAAGCUAAAGAAUCUGAAGACAUUAGCCUCUUUGUUUUAGGCUGCUUUAAGCCAGGAUGGAGCAUGCUGAUUUUAUCUCAUUUGCUUUAUCUCAGCCAAAUGCUUAUCUAAGCUUUGUAGAUAACAGAAAACCCUGGUUCUGUGGUCAGUUUCUAUUUGUAUGCACCAACUACAUAUACAUACCCAGCUCCUUUUCUGUGCACAGUUUCCUAAACAGUUGCUUUUGUUGCUUUAAAUGGUGCCUGGCUAUGUCCUCCCCCUGUUAGAAUGUCAACUGCAAAAUGAUCUUCUAUGGAGUGUGCUCUUUUUCAGUUCCUUUGAUUCUUACCCUGGCGGUGCUAGUGGGUAUAUAACCCCUGGAGUUGAAUUGAAACAAACCAUAGAGCACAACAGUAUUCCUCUAACUUUGGGUGAACGAUCUGUUGAGGAGGUGGGGAGUGUAAUAGCAUUUCCUGUUCCUGUUACUGAAUAUUAUGAUGGAUAACAGCAGGUAAGAUGUCACACUGCAUGAGAAGUUAAUACAUUUUUCACGCUCUUCACAAAAACCUUGUGAUUGUCUUACCAUUGCUCUGAGGUCAUGUUGUUCAGGAAGGAAAUAAGGCCACCGUGGCCAGAAAAAGUUUGUCCUGAGCCCUUAGAAAGAGUUAACUCCAUCAUCCAUAAGGCUUUUAUUCAUAGGAACUAUUGCAAUCUUGAUUUUUACUGAUGUGGACAUUAGAAUAUAAUUUUUUGUGAGCCAGGCUACUUUUUCAAGAUUUUCAUUGCUUCCACUGUUUCAUAGUCAGCGUUUCACCUGUAAAAGAGCAAAGCAAACACAAAAAAAUAGGAAAAAUUACAAAGAACUGUUAUGUCAUGACUCACUGAUUUACCCAAAUUCAUAAAGCUCUUUGAUAGAGGGAAAUAAUUUUUCUCUUUCUAUACUG